AUGGAUGAUAUGGUUCAGCGAAAAGUGGCUCGAAAGCUUACGGCUGCUGAGAUUCAGGAGUGGAACGGCCCUGUUUUUUACAUAUCUCACUUGGCAGUUGUCAAUCCUAAGUCGAAUUCUACUCCUGUGCGUAUAGUGUUUAACUCCAGUCAGAUCUACAAAGGGGUCUCCUUAAACUCCUGCCUGGCGAAAGGUCCCGAUUGUUAUAUGAACAAUCUUAUUGGUAUCUUGUUACGUUGGCGUGAAGAAGCUGUUGCAUUAGUUGGCGAUAUAAAGAAGAUGUUCAAUUCAGUUUACUUGAAGGAAUUGGAGAAACACUGUCACCGGUUUCUCUGGCGCAAUCUCGAACCCGACCGGCCACCUGAUGUAUAUGUAAUGGAACGUGUCAACAUGGGUGACACACCUGCACCAGCCAUAAGCACAGAAGCUAUCUACAAGACGGCAGACCGUUUCAAGGAAGACAGCUUAGAAGCAGCUGAGCUAUUGAAGAAAUCCAGUUAUGUUGACGACCUUAUUGAUUCGCGUCCAACGUUGAGUUGUGCUCUUAAAAUCGCGGAAGACACGGAGAGGAUGCUUGCGAAAGGCGGAUUUUCAGUGAAAUGUUGGCAAGUGAGUGGAGAGACAAAAUCCCGUCCAAGUCUUGAUAACGAAAGUCAUCAUGGAGUCAACAAAGAAGAGGAAAUUAGCCAGAACACAAACAUGUUGAAGGGAACUGAGUCCAACUUAAGAGUUCUCGGCCUUGGGUGGGAUCCUGGAAGUGACACCUUGGUGUAUGAAAUUACGUUAAACUUCAGCAAGAAAAGGCGUGGGAUUUGCGUUGGUCCGAAUCUAAGGGAAGUUGAUUUGCCAGCUGCAUUGCCUGAAGUGCUGACUAAGCGAACUGUUCUCGAACAAGUAAUGAAGAUCUACGACCCUCUUGGGCUUGUGUGUCCAUUCACAUUGUUAGCAAAAGUACACUUGCGUGAAUUGUGGUUACGAAAGCUUGACUGGGAUACUGCGCUUCCAGCAGAUCUUAGCGCUAAAUGGGUUCGAUUUUUCACCUCGUUGUUUAAACUCGAACAGUUGCGUUUCCCACGUUGCUUACGACCCGAAGAUGCCGUUGGUCGUCCGUGGCUCAUAAUUCUAAGCGAUGGUAGUGACUUAGCUUAUGGUUACGCCGCUUACAUCAGAUGGUGCUUACAAAGUGGACAAUAUUGGUGUCGAUUAAUUAUGGCCAAAUGCAGGAUCGCACCGGUGAAUAAAUUAUCUACACCCCAAAUGGAACUUAAUGCUGCAGUAUUGUCGAAACGAGGGAGAAAAGUAAUCGAAUCCGAGAUGCGAUUUGAUUUCGAAAGAGUGUUGCAACUGGUUGACUCGGAAACCGUCCUGAGUAUGAUCAACAAAACGAGCACUAGAUUUAAAGUGUAUGAAGGAGUGAGAAUUGGAGAAAUUCAAGCUGCAACUGACGGCGACCUGUCGUCCUGGGCGUGGAUGUCUGGCGAGGACAACACGGCAGAUUGGCUUACGCGUGGUCGGUCUCCAGACGAAUUAGCUGAAGAUUCUCAGUGGUGGAAUGGACCACUCGUGUUGUAUCGACCUAUCGAAGAAUGGGGUUUGAAAUUUGGGAGCCAAAGAAAUGACGUUCUGCCAGGAGAAAAGAAAAUUCGUUAUACUGUGACAACUACUACCAGUCCCUCUCUCGUAGACUAUUCAAGAUCGAGUGAUGUGAACAGAGUCAUAUGGGUCAUCGCAAGAAUUCUCAGCAUUGCUAAGAAUAAGUCAUUUCGCGGAGGAAAUACCUUAUGCAUUACGGCACAGCUACUUCAAGAAGCUGAAGAUUUCUUAGUGAAAAGCGUCCAAACGGAAUUGAAAAGUGAAAUGAAGAAAACCGAUGCAAAGGGACGGAAAGGCGGACGUUUUGCUUCGUUAAAUCCUAGUUGUGAUGGACGUGGUUAUGUUGUUGUUGGUCAGCGUAUGAAGAACAAGAAUCCCAUGACGCCGGAUGCAUCGCUACAAAGAUUGCUGCCUACUCGCCAUCUCCUCACGAGAUUGUUAAUGAGACGUGCUCACAUAGAAAGCGGACAUCGAGGUCGUGAUGCUACUCUGGCUCGAUUUAGGCAGAAGUAUUGGACAGCUCAAGGGAGCAAGGUCGCCCAGGCGGUGAAGAGUAAAUGCCAGCUAUGCAAGCUUCGUGAUGCAAUAUUAGGAGAACAAGAAAUGGGGCGAUUACCGGAAGCUCGUUUGAAACCUGCUCCACCAUUUACCUACACUAUGGUCGAUUUGUUUGGCCCUUACCUUGUUCGCGGCGAAGUUCAGAAACGUACCAGUGGUAAAGCAUAUGGAGUCAUCUUCACCGAUUUGAUCUCCCGUGCGGUCCACAUCGAAGCUGUUUACGGCUAUGAUACAAGUUCGUUUUUGAUGGCCCUCAGCAGAUUCGCAAGUAUUCGUGGAUGGCCCCAAUACAUCUACAGCGAUCCGGGUUCGCAGUUGAUAGGGGCAGAGAGGGAGCUGAAAGAAGCUUGGGCAAAGAUUGAUCGGGAAGAUUUACAUACGCAAGGCCUACGAAGUGGAUUAACCUGGGUAUUUGGAUCAGCGGAUAGUCCGUGGCACCAAGGAGCAGUGGAGUCCCUUGUGAAAGCAGCUAAAAGAGCGAUUGUCUUUGCUGUGGGAAAAAGACGACUCUCAGUACCUGAGUUCCUGACCGUGUGUACGGAAGUUGCCAAUCUCAUCAACGAAAGGCCUAUUGGAACCUUACCAUCUAUUGAUUACGAUCUGAAUGUCCUGACCCCUAACAGCCUUCUGUUAGGACGCGCUACAGCUAAGAAUCCUGGAGGAUGGCAACCCUUCACGUACAGUCAACAUCCUAGAACAAGAUAUCGCCUUGUGCAGGUAGCUGUGGAAGACUUUUGGGAAAAGUGGAUACAACUGUAUGCACCUACUCUGAUUUUGAGAAGGAAAUGGCAUGUCAGCACACGUAAUUUACGUCCGGGAGAUGUGGUAAUCGUCGCUGAUAAGAACGUUAUGCGGGGAGAAUACCGUCUUGGUGUAAUCAAGGACGUCUUUCCGGAUUCAGAUGGCAAAGUUCGUCGCGUUCUGGUGACUUACAAGAAUUUUCGUGUAGGGAACAACCAACAAGAGUAUGGUGUGAGUGAAGCAGUCACGGUUUCUAGGAGUGUUCAGCGCCUCGCAUUGCUUGUGCCCGUGGAAACAGAAGAUAAUGAACAGGAGACAAAUAAAUGA